GCUUGCGCCAAAUUUCCCGCAUGCUCAGUAGCUGAGGCAGGUUUGCGGUGCAUCCUCUAACGACCCAUUGACUGUGCGAAAGUGCAGGACCGGAAACGUCGUGAGACCUGUGUCUUGAGAGCGCGUUUUCUGUUACUCCUGAAGUGUCUUUGGGCUGACGUUAUUCCAGGUGUGCCUUAUUAUGGCUUCCAGGCACACUGUGUUGAUGCGGUUGGUAGCUUCAGCGUAUUCUAUUGCUCAAAAGGCAGGAUCGAUAGUCAGACGUGUUAUUGCUGAAGGAGACCUGGGUAUCGUGGAGAAGACCUGUGCAACAGACUUGCAGACCAAAGCUGACCGAUUGGUACAGAUGAGCAUAUGUUCUUCACUGGCACGGAAAUUUCCCAAACUAACAAUUAUAGGAGAAGAGGAUCUGCCUUCCGAGGACGUGGACCAAGAACUGAUUGAAGAUGGCCAGUGGGAGGAAAUACUGAAGCAACCAUGCCCAUCACAGUACAGUACUAUUAAGGAGGAGGAUCUCGUGGUCUGGGUUGAUCCUCUGGAUGGAACCAAGGAAUACACUGAAGGUCUUCUUGACAAUGUAACCGUUCUUAUUGGAAUUGCUUAUGAAGGAAAAGCCAUAGCAGGAAUUAUUAACCAGCCAUAUUACAAUUAUCAGGCAGGACCAGAUGCUGUGUUGGGGAGGACAAUCUGGGGAGUUUUAGGUUUAGGUGCCUUUGGGUUUCAACUGAAAGAAGUUCCUGCUGGGAAGCACAUUGUCACAACUACCCGAUCCCAUAGCAACAAGUUGGUUACUGACUGUGUUACUGCUAUGAACCCUGAUGAUGUGCUACGAGUGGGAGGAGCAGGAAAUAAGAUUAUUCAGCUGAUUGAAGGCAAAGCCUCUGCUUAUAUAUUUGCAAGUCCUGGAUGUAAGAAGUGGGAUACUUGUGCUCCAGAAGUUAUUUUACAUGCUAUGGGAGGCAAGUUAACUGAUAUCCAUGGGAAUGCCCUUCAGUACAACAAGGAUGUGAAGCAUAUGAACUCCGCAGGGGUCCUGGCCACACUGAGGAAUUAUGACUACUAUGCAAGUCGAGUUCCAGAAUCUGUUAAAAAUGCACUUGUUCCUUAAAGGAAAGUUUCAUUUACUUAGCUAGAAGGACUUGGUUAUCAAAAUAAUACAUUUUAAAAUUAAUUAGAUGAAAUUAGAGCUCCACCUUUCUUCAUUGUUGAUCAGUAAUUGAUAUUUAGUUACUGAGGAGUAGAAAACAGAAUUAAAGAAUUAAACUUGAUCAGUUAAUCAACCAGACCAGUUUUGACAUCUGGAGAAUUUAUAAACUCAAUAUAUUAUGUUGCUUUUCCUUCUCUGAUGUGGAGAAAUGAGAAAAAUGUUUAGUUCCAAUUGACAAUUUAGGUCAAUUGUUUAAUCAACAUUCCUGUCUUGUAAACCAGAUUUCUUUAGAGCACCAGUUGUUUCCAGAAUCUCAUUCUUGUUUUUUACAGUAAUUUUUAAGCUGUUUCUACUCCAAUUAUUAAUGUAUAUAAUGUUAUUGUAUAUGUGGAUGAAACAGAUUCAUGAGAAAAGCUUCCUUAAAAUAAAUUAUUUAAUCCUAA